AUGGCCAGGUCAGCUCCAGUCAGCUCAAAAGACUCUUCAGCAUCUCCAGACUAUAGGUCAGUGCGAAAGGCUGGUCCGGUGCGGUUUCAGCACUCGGCAGCAAGCGGAGAGGACCAGGUGACGAAGAUGGAGGACGAAAUGUUGCGUCUAUAUCACGAAGCCCUGCAAAUGACCAACAGGUAUUGGCUGGCAAGGACAAUGUCAGAAUCAGGCCGAGUCGUUCAGCCAUUGACAGGCCAGCAGGCUUCCCUUUCCAGCCCCGAGAGAGCGGUGCGUCGCGCGCAGCCGCAGCGUGCUAGAGCCAAACUCUGCUUCGCAACGAGGUUACGAGGGCCACUCAUACCAUCGGAAACAGCCACCCGUCCAUUCUGGGACGCAGCAGAGACCAAUGCGUUGAAUGCGAUGUCUUGGGUUUCGGGGCCUGCGGCUGCGUGGGCUCGUGAAGACCAGGAGGCAGGAGCUGCAGCUCUGAGCAGCACGCGUCUGCACCUGAUUGUACAGGAUGAAUGGCGGGUGAUGAUCGGGCUCUCUCAGACCGCCUCACCGCCACCAGCAGCCCUAUGCGAGAUGAAGUCGAGCUUUGCAUCCACUCAGCACCCUGCACCCCGAAGCCCUGGCGAUCGCCCGGCGCCCGGCAAGAACCUCUUUUCUCGCAACCCUGCACGUGCUGCCCGUCUCCCGAAGUCCCCAUGUACCUGUAUACAUACAAUGGCGCCUGCCCUGCGACCUUUUAAUAACACACGAGCACUCGGACAUGAUUCAUACGCCGGCAUUGUGCUUUCGCGCGCUUUCUGCUUAAGCUGCCGAUCUGCUUCUGUGCGCGGGAGAUCCUGGAGUAAAGUGCAUCGAUACCUUGUUCCUGCGCGAUUUGCCCGGGAGCCCUUCAUCGCUCCGCCACAUCCAGAUCGUCACCUCACCUCCUUCAAGUUUGCCUUUGGACAAAGCGUGGGCCGCACGAGACCUUGCAAGCACACCCUGCCAUUUCACCAAGACUAUGAGAUGCAUCUCCCGGUCAAGCAUGAAUCUGACCCAACAGCCAGCUCGCGCGAAUGCGAUGAUGCUUUGCAUCCCAAGAUACGCAUCAAAAAGUCGCACGCGAUAUGCCUAAAAGCUCGAAGUCAUGGCUCCAAAUUGCGCAUUCGUGUCAAGUCUUGUCAUUGCCAUGCAUUUCACCGAAGAUUCGUCAGUCGUGUGUCAACCUCACGUGCCGAGCUGCACAAUUAA